AUGCCCAGACCCCAGAGAGCCACACCCAGACCCCUCAGAGCCACACCCAGACCCCUGAGCCACACCCAGGCCCCUCAGAGCCACACCAGGCCCCUCAGAGCCACACCCAGGCCCCUCAGAGCCACACCCAGGCCCCUCAGAGCCACACCCAGGCCCCUCAGAGCCACAUCCAGGCCCCUCAGAGCCACACCCAGGCCCCUCAGAGCCACGCCCAGGCCCCUCAGAGCCACACCCAGACCCCUCAGCCACACCCAGACCCCAGAGAGCCACACCCAGACCCCUAGCCACACCCAGGCCCCUCAGAGCCACACCAGGCCCCUCAGAGCCACACCCAGACCCCUCAGAGCCACACCCAGACCCCUCAGAGCCACACCCAGGCCCCUCAGAGCCACGCCCAGACCCCUCAGAGCCACGCCCAGACCCCUCAGAGCCACGCCCAGGCCCCUCAGCCACACCCAGGCCCCUCAGCCACGCCCAGACCCCUCAGAGCCACACCCAGGCCCCUCAGCCACACCCAGGCCCCUCAGCCACACCCAGACCCCUCAGAGCCACACCCAGACCCCUCAGAGCCACACCCAGGCCCCUCAGAGCCACACCCAGACCCCUCAGAGCCACACCCAGACCCCUCAGAGCCACACCCAGGCCCCUCAGAGCCACGCCCAGACGGGGAUAAUCCAGCCAACUGCACCCUGCAUCCCUGGGCAGUUAUUCAGACGCAACUGUUUUCCCUUUCCGAACGAACAGCUGGCCGCCACCUCUUAG